AUUUGACAGCUUUUGUAUAUUUCAUAAUUGUAGUAUCAUUAACACAUGUACCGGUCUCCCUAUCUUUCUUCUCAGCAAACAUUCAUUCAAUUUGCUUGCUCUUAUGGAUGAUAAAACUGCAUCCAAAAACAUUUCCUCCGAAGGAGACAAGCUAAUGGAAGAAUUGGUUCAAACACUUCCACAAGAGAAAAACUGGGUUGGCUAUACUCUCUACCAAUACCAAGGCUUUUGGUACCCUUUGGUUGCGGCCAAGGCAAUCAUUUCAUUUCAAAGCCACUUCAAAGCGCAUGAUACUGAUAUCUUUUUAAUCACUACGCCCAAAUCAGGCACCACAUGGUUGAAGGCUCUCAUCUUCUCCAUUGUGAACCGCAAGCAAUUCCCACACACGCAAAGCCCUUUGCUCACAACAAACCCCCAUGACCUUGUGCCUUUCAUUGAGGUCAGCAUUUACUCGAAAAACCAAACUCCUGAUCUUGAAAAUGGAAAUUUUCCUAGCCCAAGAAUUUUUGCAACUCACACACCCUAUGGUACAUUGCCUGGUUCCAUCCUAAAAUCCAAUUGUCGCAUUGUUUAUCUUUGCAGGAACCCUCUCGACCAAUUCAUCUCGGAUUGGCUCUAUGUUGUGAAUAAUUUUCCCCGAAAUGAAGAUUUCAAACCUUUUUCAAUGGAGGAAGCUUUUGACAGGUUUUGUAAAGGAACUCAUGCCUUUGGUCCAUUUUGGGAACAUGUUUUAGGGUAUUGGAAGAUGAGUUUGGAGCAUCCUGAAAAAGUCUUAUUUUUGAAAUAUGAAGAUUUGAAGGAGGAUAUUGCUUCCAACUUGAAGACGCUGGCUGAUUUCUUGGGCUACCCUUUCUCGGAGGAGGAAAUUAGACAAGGAGUUGUUGAAGAAAUAUCAAAGCUGUGUAGCUUUGAAACCUUGAAGUCUUUGGAAGUGAACGUGUCUGGAGAAAGGCCUGUUGGGCGGCUUAAGAAUUCAGCAUUUUUUAGGAAUGGUAAGGUGGGAGAUUGGGUGAAUUUCAUAAGCCAAGAAAUGGCUGAUCGCAUGAAACAACUUUCGGAAGAAAGGUAUGGCGAUUCCGGCCUAAAGUUUGAUUUGUUGGAUAAAAAAGCAUAAACUUGUAAAUCCAACAAGUGCAUAGGAAUUUUAUAGUACUCUUUAAUUUGUUGUUGUUCGUUUGCAUUUAAACAUGUUUGUACCAAAAUUUGUGCUAUUCCUUUCCUUCUCCUUCCUUCGUAGGAAGGGUAAUAAUUGUUAAAUCAACCCUUAUGUGCUAUGAGUUAGAACUCAGAUUGUCCUUAAAGACUUGGUACCUCUAGUUAAAUUUUACAUGAAAUCUUGUUUAUUGUC